AAUUGGCCCACAAAAUGCAGCAACCAAAUGCGGCUUCUGGCGGCGAUAAUCUGCUUCCAUUGCGCGCCUGCAGCACGGCGGGAUGCAAAGUGGCCACCGUUGUGGACAAGACCAAGCGCAAGUGCUCACAGUUCGUCUCCUCGCCGUACAUAAUGUCCAAGCCACUGGUCGUCAAUGGGCACACAUCGAUCUUCCAGGUGGGCGGCGAGAUGGCCAAAAUGGGCGACAUUCCGUCGCUUUCGCAGAUGAGCGGCGGCGAUGGCGGCCAGCCCAUUUAUCGCAUCAAGCCGGGCACCCAUGCCCAUGUCAUCAACUAUGUGCUCAUCGACGAGGGAUCCGAUUCGCUGGAGAAGGCACGAUCCGGUGACCAGGAGUCCAUGCGUCGCCUGCUGGAAUCUCAGCGCGACAGUGCAGUUAGCAAGCUGCAGAAACUCAUCGCCAAUCACCGCGGUGUGCCGCCCACCACCCUCGUUACCCAUUCCUCGCCAGCGCCAGCACGUCCGGUGCCCUCAAUCUCAACUCCUGGUGGCACUUCUGUAAGCAGCGGCCAUGUAACAACGCCCCAGAUCCAUCCGGACUUCUCCAUUGCCAGCGUCGAGGGAGCCGUUCCAUUUGCCCGUGGAGUCCCGGCCUCAGUGGCUAGUCCUUCUGCUCCAGCUCCUUCAGCCGCUCCGCCAGCUGCCAGUGGACUACCGGUCGAAUCCGUGGAUCGCCUUCAGGCGGAGCUCUUCGAGCUGCGACGUAAGGUGGCCAGUCUGCAGGAGAGCCAUCGCCGCUAGAUGACCGACUUCCUUUCUUUCUGGAAGUUACUUAAGUUCUACCAAAUACGCUUGGGGCAACUAAUAGGGCCUUAGAUAUA